GAUAUUUGUGCUGAAGAAAUCGUGCAGGCUGUUGUUACUGGAAGUAAUCAUUGGCUACAUUAUGGUUCUUCUUUUAGCUCAAUAUAUUCUCGCCAAGAAGUGGGAUUAUUUAAAAUUUGUGUAACAGUGAGUGGUGCAUUUGGUAUAUCAUCGUGCCGAUCUUUAGAAAAUCCAACAGGUAAAUUACUUUUCUCUAUGAUAUUUAUAUAUAUAACUGAUUUGCGAUUAUUUGUUUAACUGAUAAAGUACUUACAUGUUAAAUUAAAUAUUAAAUUUUACUUAUACAGACUGGCUAAAAAGUGUUCGAGCCAUGAUGAUACUAUCAACUCUCAUGAUUGUCGUGUCUGGAAUAUUUUCACUUUUAAUCAACUGUUCGGAACAGCCAAGAUAUCCUCUCAAUAAAAAUAUUUUGGGUAUUCUAUGUUCAGUUACAGCAUUUCUUACGGCAAUUGGUUGGAUAGUUUUCGUAGCAAAAAUAGGCUCAAGCGGGAGAGAGCACCUUCACGCCUGUUUUGGUUUAGCUAUUAUAUCUACAAUUUUUUCGGUUAUUAACGCUUGUCUGGCCUUCAAAUCUUCACCACCGAAAGCGGCACCACCAUGUGUAGCAGUUGUACAAGGACAAACGGUUGGCGGCUAUCCAACAAACGGUGGACCAGUUAUCAUUCAAACUUCAUCGCAAAUACACACACAAGCUCCUCCACAGUAUCCUUCACAACCCCCAUACGGUCAAAAUCCACUGGUUCAUCCACCUCCUUAUCAACCGCCAAUGCAGAAUCAACAGCCAGUAUAUAAUCAGCCUCCGUAUCAACCUUACACCAAGGGUUCAAAUCACGAAAUACCACCGUAUCCCGUAAACCAAUUCCCCUAAAACUAAAUACCAUGUUACAAAUAUCAAGGUCAAACUAGGCCGAAAUGCUUUUUUUACUAUUUCUAGUUCAUUACUAAAAUACUUGAUUUUAUAAAUAAAAUUAUAAACCCAUGAUAUUAUUCAAUAUUUAACAUGGAGAGAGAGAGAGAGAGAGAGAGAGAGAGAGACAGAGGGAUAAUACAACCUUGAAACACAAUACGUGACGUAUGUGUCAAAAGAGGUUAAGAAACUCUUAGAAAUGAAUACAAACUCAUAAUAUUUUAUUAGUUUCAUAGCAACUUCAGUUAUUCUAAGUGUAAGGUUUUGGAGCUUAGGUGCACUGGAAUUUCCGCCAAAUUUUAUGGUUUCAGUGUUGCAGACAAAACACAGAGUCAAACCGCUUACCAGCAAUGAAUGGGAUUUGCUAAGAAAGUAUUCGCAUAUAACGACCAAUACAAGUACGCUAGCUUCAACCGAACAUAAGUUAUUACCAAAAUUCUCCUGACCAAUUUUAUUAUGACUGCAAAAAGUGUAAACAAAGGAAAAGUUAAGGGCAGAUACAUGGAAAUAAAAUUAGCCUGUUCAGGUGUUGAUAAUCUUAUGAUGUCGCACUUCUAGAAUUAGCCGAAUAAAGUUUAAUUUUCCCGAUAUAUGAUUGGUAGUCCCAAUCAAAAUGUAGAGGUGAAUGAAUCCUAUUUUUUUAAGGCGAAAAACAAGGAUACAGAUAUUACGAGGAAAUAUUAGGGACUCUCGUGAUGUUUUCUUGCAAGCAGCAAGAAGGGAUAGGGGAACUUUGUCCACGGAGGUUGUUAACUGUAUGAAGGAGGCUAGAAAGAAAAUUCAGGCAUUUUCGUUGCAUAAAGCUAGACCAAGAUAAUUUUUCUGUAUAUAAACAUUACGUCGCUUUCUAUUAAAACAUCUUUAAUAAUUUUAUCUGCCAAAGCAUCUCUUUCUAACGAAACUCUAAGACAAAUACAGUAUAUAAAAGUUACUGUGGUGACAAAUGGUGAAGACUUGCUACGGGGUUUAUCGUUGAAAUCGUAGAGUAAGUAUUUCAUUUAGUUAAUAAGAAAAAUUAUAACCAAGUUUUAGUAAGUCCCAUAGCCACAUGACUAUGCGUUGUCGCCAGCAGUCGGGCUAAUUUUAAAAAGAAAUUUUAAUCCGAUAGAGGGAGCUACAAAGUUGAUGUUAUAAAAUAUUGAUUGCACCGUUCAAAACUUUUACAUCGUAAUAUGAUAGAAUUUUCCAAGAAAUGAAUAUUUUGAAUAAAUUAAGAGCAAAUGAAAUAUUCUAAAGUUACAAGUUCCUUGCUAUCUAU